UGGAUGUAGAGAAGGUCCAACUUUCUCAGAUAGCUCGCCUUAUCUUUUCCCUGCCCAUUGAGCCAUUGUUCCCAUCGCUUUCUUUAUAUUUGUUAACGGCCUGGUUAGAAGCCUGCCCCAGUGCUGCCAGAGCCACUCCCAUAGUAACCUACCCCCUUUUGUUUCUCCCUUCUGCAUCGUGCUCUCAUGAUAUUCCUCGCCUCUGCCACUAUGGACACAGAGAGCACACACGGCCAAGAUAAUGACUAUACCCAGUCGCCUUGGCUGGAUUUGGGUGGUUUCAGCCCUUCCCAGCAGUCACCACCGCUUGAUUACCAUGGAUUUGGGUACGGCAUGCUGCCUUUGGAGUCGGCGUACGGAGUGUCUGUACCACCCCCGUAUGCAUCACUUCCAUUAACUAUGCCCUCGAAUACGUGGCCUAGUAUGAUGUCGACUCACCCGCAGCACCCUUUUCCAGAGGGAAGCGUGCCGCCUGUGCCCAUACCACCAGCGGUAUCGCCAGUCACACAUAACCCUCCACCGCCGCCACCUCCACCGCCGCCGCCACGCAAGGCAUCAACGAGUAACUCGACACCGCGAAGGACGCUUACGGAUGAUGAUCGUCGGCGAAUGUGCUUGUAUCAUGAAGAGAACAAAACCGCCAAGCAAACAGACAUUGGAGGUCAGUCUUUACACUAAUUUCUUCUCUUCAUGUGGACAUCAACUGACAAAACAUGAACAGCGAUAUUUGGAGUGGAACGAAGUACGGUCUCAAAAGUGCUACGUCAGAAAGAGAAGUAUCUUAAUCCCGAU